UGGCUGGCCUUUAAGACGUGUGCAUAUAUCAACACCCCCAUAUAUGCAGCUUAUCUUAAUCCCUCCCCGUCGUUUCCAACGCCCAUCACUCGCUGGGCAAUCGCUAUCCGUACGCCACAUCCUAUCCUAGCUAGGCAGCUGGUUAAUCGGUUAGCGCGCGCGAUGAGAUCAGUGAGAGCGCCGCGGCGGCUGGCAUUACUGGCCGUCCUACUGUCGGCGUGCGCUCUGGCGGAUGCGGCGGUGCUGAAGGCGCACUUCUACCGGCACAGCUGCCCGGCGGCGGAGGCGGUGGUGCGGGACAUCGUGCUGGCCCGCGUGGCGGCCGACCCCGCCAACGCGCUCCCGGCCAGGCUGCUCCGCCUCUUCUUCCACGACUGCUUCGUGAGGGGCUGCGACGCGUCGGUGCUGCUGGACUCGGCGGCGGGCGACAACGCGGCGGCGGCGGAGAAGGACGCGGCGCCGAAUAAGUCGCUGGGCGGGUUCGACGUGGUGGACACGGCCAAGGCGGUGCUGGAGGCCGUCUGCCCCGGCGUCGUCUCCUGCGCCGACGUCGUCGCGCUCGCCGCCAGGGACGCCAUAUCCUUCCAGUUUGGGCGGGAGCUGUGGGAGGUGCAGCUGGGGCGGCGGGACGGCGUGGAGUCGCGCGCGGCGGAGGCGCUGGCGGAGAUCCCGUCGCCGUCGGCCAACUUUACGGCGCUGGAGGCCGGGUUCGCCAGCAAGGGGCUCGACGUCAAGGACCUCGUCAUCCUCUCCGGCGCACACACCAUCGGCGUGGGCCACUGCAACCUGUUCAGCAGCCGCCUCUUCAGCUCCUCCUCCACCACCGGCGCCGGCGCCGCCGCCCCGGCCACGGACCCGGCCCUGAACGCCGCCUACGCCGCGCAGCUGCGGGCCGCGUGCGGGUCCCCGUCCAACAACGCGACGGCGGUGGCCAUGGACCCCGGCAGCCCGGCCCGGUUCGACGCCCACUACUACGUGAACCUCAAGCUGGGCCGCGGCCUGUUCAGCUCCGACGCCGCGCUGCUGUCCGACCCCCGCGCCGCCGGCAUGAUCCACGCGCUCACCAGGGAGGACUACUUCCUCCGGGAGUUCAAGGGCGCCGUCCGCAAGAUGGGCCGCGUGGGCGUGCUCACCGGCGCCCAAGGGGAGAUCAGGAGGAACUGCAGGGUCGUCAACUCGUAGAGCCCGGUCCAUCCAUCUGGAGGGGAUCGGCUAUGUAUAUUCUGGUCAUUUGGUGGUAAUUAAUUAAUUAUUAUAUCGAGUUUGAUUGUGUUUAUUCAGGCGUGUUGUGGUGUGGACAUGGAUUGUGCAGAAUAAGAAAUAUAAGCUGGCUAAUUGGAUUGAUUCCAGCUGGGUUGUAUAAUUUCGAGAUAAGUUGAACAUUGUGUUGUUCUGCCUAAUGGUAGAUAAGGGAUUGUUGAUCUGGUACAACAGGAUGACACUUGUAUGUUGUAUGACAGGUAUGUUACAGCGAUUCAAUUGUUGAUUCAGGAUUACAUCAACAA